CAACUGACAACAGCUGUCAGUGCAGGAUAAUCGUGAAAUACCAACGUCGAAAACAAGUUUUAGUGCUAGUGUUUGUAGUAUCUUUUUAUUUAUAUAACAAAAAAUUAUAUAUCACGAACUUUUCUGUUAAAAAAAACAUUAAAUUUAACUUCAAGAUCUUACGAUCUUAGUAUUGUGCUUUUUUUAACCCGCGUUCUUCAAAGCUUUUCGGAGAAUCCCGUCGUCAGUUUUGGAUUCCACAAUAAAGCCAAGACCGAUGAGAGAGGCAGCUGGACCCGACCGUAUUCAUCCACGGAUGCCGUGAGGUCUCGACCUGGGAGCGCACGCCGUCGCCGUGAUGAUAACAACCCGCCAAAAUGCGUCGGCGGCCAUUUUAAACAGGCAACGGAUACGUUUGUCGGCACGAGAUGGCCGUCAGCGUCAGCGCCCACUGCCUCCCAGCGAACGCGCGCGUUCCUACCCAGAAGCGCUUCUAUGAAAUGUGGAAACACUGCAAGUGGCGACAGAAAUCACCAAGGACGAACCCGGCCAUUAGAGUUCCCAGAUAGAGAUUGUAUAGUGAAUUUUUUAGAGGCCUAAGUGUUAUUGUGUUGUGUAAAUAUAGUGGUGUGUUGGUUAAGUAUGGAGGGUCGUGGAGCGCGCACGCCGCUGCUGGAGUGCGGCGAGUACCCGCACACGCACAAGGCGCCGGCGCCGCGCUGCUGCUUCUGGCUCGCGAGCCACGUCAACGUGAGGAAGUGCGUCGCCGGCGUCAUGCUGCUCUCCGUCCUCACUAUAUUCUUCUACACGUAUUACGUCACGGCACCCUUGACUAGUCUUGUAUGGCGCGACCGUGUACCCCGGCCGCUGUCACAAUGCUCACUGCUCGCGUCGCAGCAGCAAGCGGCGCGCGACCACCGCUCCGACGCGCGCCUGCGCAUCGACGCGAAGGUUCUGGUCAUCGCCGAGUCGCUGUACUCGCGGCUCGGAAGGGACAUCGCUGAGCUGCUUGUCGCCAACCGUAUACGGUACAAGGUAGAAGUAGCAGGCAAAAGCCUGCCAGUUCUUACCACUUUGGACAAGGGGCGCUACGGCGUCAUCGUGUUCGAGUCGCUUUCGAAAUACGCGAACAUGGACAAAUGGAAUCGAGAACUUCUCGACAAGUACUGUCGGGAAUAUUCAGUAGGGGUGGUUGGGUUCGCGACCCCCGGCGAGGAGACCCUCGUGGGCGCCCAGCUGAAAGGAUUCCCACUCUUCAUGCAUACCAAUUUGAGACUUAAGGAUGCGGCAUUGAACCCCGCAUCGCCAGUGCUCCGGCUAGCGCGCGCCGGCGAAACCGCCUGGGGCCCGCUACCCGGCGACCACUGGACAGUGUUCAGACCGAACAGUUCGACCUACGAGCCAGUCGCGUGGGCCUUCAGACAGAACGAAUAUGGAACUAAUGAAGACCGAAUACCACUUGCGACGGUGAUGCAAGACCACGGCCGCCUGGACGGUAUACAAAGGGUCGUCUUCGGUUCUGGCCUGCAGUUCUGGUUGCACCGGCUGCUCUUCCUCGAUGCGUUGAGCUACUUGAGCCACGGCCAGCUCAGCUUGAGCCUGGAGAGGUGGAUACUCGUGGAUAUUGAUGAUAUCUUUGUGGGGGAGAGAGGUACUCGACUGCACGAAGAAGACGUAUCCGCGCUCAUGGCAUCCCAGGUGGCGCUGCAGCGGCUCGUGCCCGGCUUCAGGUUUAACCUGGGCUUCAGCGCGAAGUACUACCACCAUGGGACCACGCUGGAGAAUCGAGGCGAUGACGCGUUGCUGAAGAAUCGGGAGCAUUUUAGUUGGUUUUGUCACAUGUGGAACCACCAGCAGCCUCACCUGUACAACAACGUGUCGCAACUAGAAGCCGAGAUGAUGCUCAACAAACAGUUCGCACUAGAACACGGCAUUCCAACGAACUCCUGUUAUUCAGUAUCCCCGCACCACUCUGGUGUAUAUCCAGUACAUGAACCGCUAUACGAAGCGUGGAGGAAAGUUUGGGACGUCAAAGUCACAAGCACAGAAGAGUAUCCACAUCUAAGACCUGCGAGAUUGCGGCGCGGCUUCAAACACAGGGGGGUGAUGGUUUUGCCCCGACAGACUUGCGGCCUGUUCACGCACACCCUCCUGCUAGAGCGGUACCCAGGUGGGCGACAGAGGCUCGACAAAUCGAUACAAGGAGGCGAACUAUUCCAGACAGUCAUCAAUAACCCGAUAAACAUAUUCAUGACGCACAUGUCUAACUACGGCAACGACCGGCUCGCGCUGUACACGUUCGAGUCGGUGGUGAAGUUCCUCCGUUGCUGGACGAACGUGCGGCUCGCGUCCGCGCCGCCGCUCGCGCUCGCCGAGAAGUACUUCCAGCUACGGCCGGACGAGCUGAGCCCGCUGUGGGGGAAUCCGUGCGACGACAUCCGCCACCGCCGCAUCUGGUCCAAAAGCAAAUGGUGUGACACACUACCAAAAGUGCUGGUCAUCGGGCCGCAGAAGACCGGCAGUACAGCGCUGUACACUUUCCUGGCUAUGCACCCAAUGAUGGUGCCGAACCAACCAAACCCGGUCACGUAUGAGGAACUGCAGUUCUUCAAUAAUAACAACUAUUUGAAGGGAUUGGAUUGGUACCUAAAUUUUUUCCCGCCAAACCAGAGCAACGCGUCACAGAUAACAUUCGAAAAGUCGGCGACGUACUUCGACGGGGAACUCGUACCGCGGCGAGCGCACGCACUACUGCCGAAUGCUAAGAUCAUUGCCAUACUGAUAUCACCGUCAAAGAGGGCAUAUUCGUGGUACCAGCACAUUCGCUCGCAUGGCGAUGCCGUGGCGAACAACUACACUUUCCAUACAGUCAUCACGGCGAAUGAUUCCGCGCCGAAAGCUCUGAGGGACCUCAGGAACCGUUGCCUGAACCCGGGCAAGUACAGCCACUACCUGGAGCGGUGGCUGGCGGAGUUCAGCUCGCACCAGCUGCACAUCAUCGACGGGUCGCUGUUGCGCUCUGAACCAGCGAGUGUGAUGAAUACGCUACAGAAGUUCCUGAAGGUGCCGCACGUGGACUAUAAUAAGUUGCUCAAAUACGACGCGAAAAAGGGAUUUUUCUGUCAGGCCGUGAGCAACGAGAAAACGAAAUGCCUGGGCAAGUCGAAGGGUCGGAUAUACCCGCCCAUGGAGGAGAGGUCGGCGAAGUUUUUGAAGCGAUAUUACACGCCUCAUAACACGGCUCUGUCGAAGCUUCUGGUGCGACUGGGCCGACCCGUGCCGCAGUGGCUUAAGGACGAGCUAUCGAACGGAUAGCACGACUCGCAACCCGUGCGGUUGGAACAAACUCAAAUAGUGCGCGCACUCUACAAAGUGUGUGUGGUGACGUUGUCUUAACGACUCCCGUGGAACUUUUCGUGUGCAAACUCCACAUUCGGACAGUGUACAUAACAGAUUCGGCUUAAAGCUAUAUAAGUUUGUAUAGUUUAUUAAAACAUUAACCUCCUUUUAUCUUGUAGGGACGAGCCCUUAAAGUUACGCCUUAAUAAGGCAAAAUGUCCGCUCCAUGUUAUAAACUACGGGCGUCAUGUCGCAAUACGUAAAUGUUUGUGUGUCAAUGUGAGUGGAGACGAUUUAUAGUUUUAUCUACGGAUGUUGUGUAUUGAGGAGUUGUUCGUCUGAUGCGCGAGUUUAGAUUUAGUUUUUUAUACUUAUGGUUAAAAUCAUAGUUUUGUUUUACUUGCCAGUUUCAUUGACGCCGAUGCUAUAUUGGUCUGGGUGCUAUGACUUUGAAUCUUAAGCCAUUAGUUUUAUGAUUUAGAUUUAUUUUCGAUUUAAUUUCGUGAACAAUAGUCGAACCAUGGACAGCUUCAUAUUAACUUUUUUUAAUAAGUAACAAAAAACAUGUGAAACAUGUAUUAACAUUGUAUACGCUUUUGAUUUCAUGAAAUUUAAUUGUUUGUUGUAAAUGGUAAUUUUAAACUCGUAAUUAAUUUUGAUUCGCUGUUUAUCAACCAAUUAUAAUAAUGGACGUAUUAUAGAUAGAGCAGGAUAGAGAUAGAAGAUCGCAGUAUCCAUACUGUCUCUAUCGCACAAACGUAAUUUACAUAUUGUAAACGUUUUUAUGUACAGUUUAACGUUUUGUCCCAAAAAUAGAGAAACAUAGAUAAGGUACUGUGAUCUUCUCUCUCUUUUUAAACAUCAGAAAUUAAUUCCGUUUACGAGAACUUGUAUGAUUUUGCCUGCUCUAUUUAUCAUUAACUCUAUGAUCAUGUUGCGGUUUAUCAAAUUUCACAGCCGCCAAAUACUCUUUAUUUUUUUAGUGUCAUUCCAUGUAUUUGUCACACGCUUAGUAAGUAUUUUUACAAUGUUCGUACCUGAUGCUCUUUGUACAUUUGUAGUUUAUUGCCUCUAGUGAAAUGGACAUUAUCUAUGCCUGUGCCAUAGACUACUCUAUCGAUUAUUUUCUAGUGUAAAGUAUUUGAUUUGCCACGUUGUUUUACCUAUAGGGAAAUCGAAUUUUAACUCAAAACUAUAUCUGCGGUGUUCGCCACAGAUACGAGUAUACUGUAAAAUGUUUAAUAAUAUAUUUUAGUAUAAAUUUGUUAAGGCUGGUUGCAGAGCUUGACCGACCAUCAGUGCGUACGUCAGUCGCGCUUGUCAUAUGUAUGGAAAUUCAUAAACCCGUUCAUAACCGUCAUGCGUUUUAGUGUCAUAGUCAUACAAUUGUUGAUGCGUAUCGUCAGCACCGACGGUACGCACUGACGGUCGGUCAAGCUCUGCAACCAGCCUAAUAUAUCUGUCUAAAUGUGAUUCGGUGUUUUUUCACUUGUUUAUGAUAGCGAGUCCAUUGUAAUUUGACGAGAAUGCAAUGCAUGGGACGCGAAGUUAAUAAUAUAUUUUGAUAUGGCUGGAUUUUAAAUAUCGAGUGACGUCUGUUUUCAGAGUUAACAUGCAGUGUUGGUACUUAACGAGUUGUUUUAACCGAGACAUAGCUAGUUUAAAUUAUAUUAUGAAGUGAAAAUAAUAGAAUAUAAAGAAUCAGAUGUAUGUAUAAAGCGAUUAUUUCUCCUAAAGCUUUAUAGAUUUAGAGUUUAUGUCUACAGAUAAAUGUUCGGAAAGACUAUAUAGAUAUUAUGACGUUUUCUUUUAAUGUAAAUUAAAUUUCAGCUUGUUCUACAGUUACACCUAUUGUAUACUGAAUAUUUUUAUUUUAGAGCCGAUUUUUCAAUCCUUGGUUAAAAUUUAUCCGUACAAUAAAGUAUUACACGAACAUAUUAAAAUGUCACUUGUAAACUGUCAAAUACGGAAAGUUGCAAUACAUUUUUGAAAUGGUAGUUGAAUACGUAAUUAAUUGUUAAGUUUUAACCAAGGAUUGAAAAAUCAGCCUUUAGUGAAAUAAGUUGUCAUGAAAUAUGUAUGAUUAAUUUUUACGCAGCUUAAUGUUUAGGAAAAAAUAAAAGCCUAAUUUAAAGUAAUAUUUUAUUGUGAAAUUAUUUCUCACGGCUUGCGGGUUUAGUUUUUAUUUGUAAUUCUAAUUCUAACGUUUUAGUUGUUGCAGAGGUGUAGAACAAACGGACUAAUAAAAUCGGUUUUACAUUUUUAUGAUUUAUUUAUAAUGAGUAUGUAAGUAAAAAUCUUUGCUCGUCAUCGAUACUAAGUAUGUAUACAAUACGAUCUGAUAUGAAAUGUAUAUUUUUUUCAUUUGUCAGCAAUUUAUUGCUCUUUAAAUGUGUUCUUGUACGAAAAUUAUUGCAUCACUUAUUUUAUUAAAGAAUAUAAUGUAAA